AUGGAUAAAAUGUCCAAAUCUGAAUACAGAGACAAUUUCACGUGCAACGAACUUUCAUACACCAAGUCCAACCCUCCCGACUGCCAGUGUGCAAAAUAUGUUGCCAAGUGGCCCUGCCAAGCAGUUGAGAAGAGAUCGUGCGACUUUGGGAAAGGUUACCCAGAGACCCUGCGAUCGAUUGCUGACAAGUACAGAGUGAGUGUCGAGAGAGAAAAAAGCAGAGCUUUUGAAAUUAUGAAGAAACUCAAAAAACCUGUUUGCAAUGCUGGAAAUAUUCGUUGUCACGUACCAACCACAAACAUCCCACGGUUGAGAUGUUCUUUGUGUAAAAAUGUUGUCUGCCACGUAGACCAAAACAAUGAGUGCAUAUGUGAAGACCAGCCAAAACUCACUUCAGAUGACCCAAAGGACACCCAAAAAUCGAGAGAAAAAAUGCAAAUUCCUUUUUUUAAACAGCCCGCCAAAUGUCGUCCUGUGGAUGAAUGGGAAAAAGAGGAAAUUGAAUGUGGACCACACGGCUCCAUGCUUUUGUAUCCUAAAAAGAUAAAAAUAACGAAAGAUCGAGAAGACAACAAAAACCUACAACAACAAUUGCUGCACAUCUAUCGUUCACAGCUGCAAACUUCUCAAAAAUUGUUGCACAUAAAGAAGAUGCAGCAUCAGCACAGUUUUCUCUUUCCACAAGGUCAAGAGUUCAUUGAUGAUGUCAAACAGCAACUGGAAUCACCGCCAACCAAUUUGAAAGAAAAAAUUAAUCAACUGAACAGGGAGCUGAUGAGAACUAACAUAACCAAACUAGAGUACCACAUCCUGCGGCAGAAGAUCAUGCAACUCAUUCAGGAAGACGUGGAAAAGUGCAGAGUGCAACUUCAACCUAACAAAUCAAAAGAACUUAUUACUAAGAGGUUUGGGCGAAAGUGUCACGAAUCUGAAAGAAAAAAAUUUGCAAAGUCAUGCUUUAGAUGCCAGGAACUUUUGAAAGAGCUGAACAUGCUGAAAAGCAUGGAAUGCAGGCACAUAAAUAAACCGACUUUUUUUUGUAAAAACAUUUUUAAACAACAACUUCUUGAAAACGAAAAGCAGUUGAUGGCGCAAAUGCAAGAGCAACAUCAUCAUGAUCUCCGUCAAAUCAAAUACGUGGGCGACAAGGAACAACAAAAGUUACAAAUUCCCAAUGUUUGUUUUAAUCAAACUCCAAAAGAAGGAGGGAAGUACAACGACAAAGAAAUAACCUGUUGUCCUGCCUCUCCACCUAAUCCUCCACUUUUGCAACAGUACGUUUAUGGAUGCCCAAAGAAACCCCAAGAACAACAACAAAAUCAGCCGUGCAGUUGCAACGCUGAAACUCAGCAGAAACAACUUCAACCAAAAACUUGCAGCAGUUGUAAUCCAAUGAUGAACGUUGUUCGAGAAUACUCCAGAAUGAAACAAAGGGAACCCUACCACGAAUGCUCCCAACACAUUCUGAAUGAUGACUCCUUUGUCAACUUUCUGGUCACGGCACCAGACAUUCACAAACUGAGGUACAUGGAGAACAACUAUAUGUGCAGAGAUGAUUGGUACACUGUGUGCUAG